GGCAGGGCAGAAGGGGUGCCCAGGCUCCCUGUGUGAGAGAGCUGCUUUGUGUCUAGUCAGCCCAGGACCACGUAGCCCCACCUUCCAUAGAGGCCUCAGUCUUGCCUGGGCCAGGUGUCCCCAGCAGCUGUGAGGGCUGCAGGUAUCCAUCUCCUCGGUGAGAGGCAAAUACCUGCAGUGAUGGCCAGGCUGCUGGCCAGGACCUGCUGCUUCAAAGCUCUUUCUCAGGCUCCCAGAUGCCCUUCUGGGCUGGUGGCUGCCAGACCCUGGAGCCAUGGGCCUCUCACUGCCUACAUGCCUGAAGCCGUCGCCUUCCCCAGACCCAAGGACCACCAAGAUUUGUACAAGGUGUCAGUGGAGCAGAGUGACAUCUUCUGGGGAGCACUAGGAAGGAGCCGGCUCACCUGGAUCACCCCCUUCCACUCUGUCCAGGACUGCGACUUGUGCCAGGGCAGAGUCUCCUGGUUCCUGGGGGGGCAGCUGAAUGUGACAGUGAAUUGUCUGGACCGUCAUGUCCAUGUAGCCCCAGACAAAGUGGCCCUAAUAUGGGAGAAGGAUGAACCUGGAGAGGAGGUGCAGGUGACAUACAGGGAACUGCUGGAGCUGACAUGCCGCCUGGGAAAUACCUUGAAACGGCAAGGUGUGAAGCAGGGUGACAGGGUGACAAUCUACAUGCCCCCGUGCCCACUGGCAGUGGCUAGCAUGCUGGCUUGUGCCCGCAUCGGGGCCGUGCACGCUGUGGUGUUUGCUGGCUUCAGUGCAGAGUCUCUCACUGACAGGAUCCGGGAUGCCCAGUCAGAAACAGUGAUUACAGUGAACCAGGGGCUAAGAGGUGGCAAGAUUAUUGAGCUAAAGAAGACAGUGGACCAGGCUGUGAAGCAGUGCCCUGGAGUGAAACGGGUUCUGGUUUCCAUGAGGACCACCAGCAAGGUUCCCAUGACAGCUCUAGAUGUGCCCCUGGAGGAGGAGAUGAUGAAGGAGGAUGCAUACUGUGAGCCUGCUGUCAUGGACAGUGAAGACAUGCUGUUUCUUCUCUACACAUCAGGCAGCACUGGAAAACCCAAGGGCUUGGUUCAUUCCCAAGCUGGUUACUUGCUGUUUGCUGCUCUCACACACAAGUACGUUUUUGACUACCAGGACAGGGACAUCUUUGGCUGUGUGGCAGACAUCGGCUGGAUCACGGGACACACCUACGUGGUCUACGGCCCCCUCUGCAAUGGUGGUACCACCGUCCUUUUUGAGAGCACUCCUGUCUAUCCUAACCCUGGCCGCUACUGGGAAACAGUAGAGAGGUUAAGAAUUAACCAGUUCUAUGGGGCACCCACCGCCAUCCGCCUGCUCCUGAGAUAUGGCGAUGAAUGGGUGAAGAGGUAUGACCGCUCUUCUCUCAAAAUGCUUGGCUCAGUGGGGGAACCCAUCAACAAGGAGGCGUGGGAAUGGUACUUCCGUACACGUGUGGUCGGCGAGACACGAUGCCCAGUAGUGGACACUUGGUGGCAAACUGAAACAGGAGGCAUCUGUAUCUCACCCCGUCCUUCUAAUCCUGGAGCUGAAAUCCUUCCAGGCAUGGCUAUGAGACCCUUUUUUGGGAUCAGCCCCUCCCUCUUGGAUGACAAGGGAAAUGUCCUUCUGGAAAAUGAUGUCUCGGGAGCUCUUUGCAUCUCACAAGCCUGGCCCGGUAUGGCAUGAACCAUUUACAAUGACCACAAGAGAUUUCUGAAAACUUACCUGACUUCUUAUCCAGGAUUUUUCUUCACUGGGGAUGGUGUGUAUCGUACCAGUGAGGGCUACUACCAGCUAACAGGACGGCUGGAUGACACCAUUAGCAUCAGUGGACACCGGCUGGGCACUGCAGAGGUGGAGAAUGUUGUGAAUCACCAUGUGGCAGUGGCAGAGUCUGCUGUCAUUGGCUACCCACAUGAGAUCAAGGGAGAAGGAGCCUAUGUGUUUGUUGUGCUGAAGGAGAAGGACAGUGACUACACACAGGAGACUCUUGCUGCCGAGCUGCAGGAGCUCAUCUCAAAGAAGAUUGCUAAGUAUGCAGCUCCAGAUUAUGUUCAGGUCACAAGCCGGCUGCCCAAGACACGCUCGGGUAAGAUUAUGCGUCGGGUGCUACGGAAAAUUGUGGAGGACAAGGCCAGUGAGCUUGGGGACCUAACCACCCUGGAUGACCAUGAGGCUGUGCAGCAGAUCAUAGAGGGACACAAGCACCUUGUGGAGCAGCAGAAGGGUCACUAGCUUGGCUCUGCCAGCAGCUACUACCUCCUCUUUCACUGCAAAACCAGAGAAACAUCCAGAAAAGCCACUAAGCAAGUGGUGGCCAGUAAGUUCUCAGAUCACACCUCCACUGCAGUCUUGAAGUGACCUCUCCACAACACAAGAAACCCACAAAAGCUGUCUCCAUACACCCAUGUAGACAGAGGAGAGAAUAUGACUCAUCAUAGGCAAAAGAGUAAGAGGAGAUAACCUGUUUCAUUCCAUGAAAGCAGAUGGCAGAAAGCCCUCCUUGAGGUUCCUUGUGCCUUGCAGUAGCUGCAGAGGUAGCAGCAGGCAGGAUGUCCAGCCCUGGAUAGGGAUACUACUCCUACCUCUGCUUUGCUCUUUUGCAAUACUCUGGUCCAGGACCAUUGCCAAUAUACAAGCAUCUCCUCCUAAGCAAACCCCAGAAAGAAAACAUGCAACAAUCCAGUUAAUAAAUAUUGACUCUUCUCCAUAAAAA